AUGGCAGUCGGUGGUAUGGACUUGAAAUGGGUGCGGCGGCGCGUCACCGAAGCGCUUCUCGUGAGCGGCGCGAUCGUGGCGUGCCUUGACGAGAUAUUCCACGUGCCUCAGACGCAGCAGUACUGCCGAGGGGACCUGCUGACGUGGCACCCGCUUAUCACCACGCUGCCGGGCCUCUAUUACCUAGCCCUUGUAUUCGUGGGCAUGCAAUACGCUCUCCUGCAACUCCUAGGCAUCGCCAAAAUCGCUGCCCGCCUGGCGUCCACGUCAGAUGCCACGUCAGACGCCACCCUGUCAGGUGCCACGUCAGCAGCAGGCGUGUCAUUCGCGUCCCUGUGCUCCCCCGUGGCGCUGCGGUCUCUCAACCUCCUCCUCCUCGUCCUCUCCUUCCCCCUCUUCUACUCCACUGCCCGUGCUGCUGCCGCUGCUGCUGCUGGUGCUGCUUCUGGUGCCUCUGAUGCUGCUGGUGCAACAGCAGUUGCAGCUCGUUCAAACAAGGCGGGCAAGCCGCAUUCGCGACCUCGAGGUGUCGCAGCCUUGCUACACAGAUACGAAACCAGAUAUGACACCAGAGACGAAACGCGGGACGGCACCGGAGAUGAAACGCAAGACGAAGCCGGGAACAGCACGGAAAAUGACACCAAAAGCCGCCCGCGCAAGCACGCGCCUUGGGACGAGGUCGACGAGGACUGCACGUGGAGGGCGGCGAUGUUUGUCCUGUUCCCCCUGCACUGGUUCUUUGGAUUCCUAUACUACACGGACGUGGCUUCGUCUGUAGCGGUGCUGGCUAUGAUGCGAUGUGUUUACAAGAGGCAACACCACCGCGCCGCGUUGCUAGCAGCAGGCAGCAUCAUCAUCCGCCAGACCAACGCCGUGUGGGCUCUGCUCGCUCUCUGCCUCUCCGCCUCGCAAUUCCUGGGCAUGCCCACACUUCUGACCCCCCAGGAAACUGCACAGUUAGAAGGGUUCCAGGCUCGAGGAUUAGAUAUGCGGGCAGGGUCAGAAGCACAGAGAGUUGCAGCACGAAAGGACACAGCAGAAAAAGACAAGGCAGAAAAAGACAAGGCAGGAAAAGACAAGGCAGAAAAAGACAAGACCGACAAGGACAGCAGGGGCAGAUCUGCUGAGCAUGGGGAUUUACAAAACGGCGUCGCCACCGAUCGGAUAAAGGGAAGCUUCCAGGAUCCUUCCUGGGCGACGGGGGCAGCUGCGAGAGGGGAGGACGCACCCAGGGCGCUCCUGCUGCUGCUGCACCGCGCGUGGGCCCUGCGGGGGAAGUUUCUCGGAAGCUUCUUCCCGCUGCUGGCGGUGUUGGCGGCGUUUUUUGUCUUUGUGCGUGUCAACGGGGGAAUCGUUGUCGGAGCGCGCACAGAGCACCGUCUCUCCCCCCAUCUCACACAGCCACUCUACUUCGCAGCCUUCUCCGCACUCUCCCUCUCGCCCCUCCUCCUCGCCCCUUCCUCCCUCCUCCCCCUCCUCUCCACCACCUCUUGCUCUCUCCGAUCGGCCCCCGGUCGCUGCCUCGUCCUCUCUCUCCUCGUCUCCGCCCUGCUCUUUCUCACCAUAAAACACUUCAGUCUCUCCCACCCCUAUCUGCUAGCAGACAACCGCCACUACCCCUUCUACAUCUGGCGCCGACUCAUCAAUCCGCCCCACAGCCCGUCACAGCGCUUCCUGCUGCUGCCAGUCUACGCCCUCUCCCUCCUCGCCCUCACCCAUGCUCUGCGCCGUGCCAUGACCCCUCUCGGCCUCUUCUUUUUCUCAGCUGCAACAGCAGCAGUUCUCGUCCCAUCCCCGCUCCUCGAAUUCCGCUACUUCAUCCCUCCCUUCCUGCUCCUGCUGUUACACCUCCCCCUGCCUCGCAACCGCCUGGAAAAGAGGGUUGCAUGUGCUCUGGUUGUCACUGCCUUUGCUGCUGUAGAUAUUGCCACUAUGGCACUCUUUUUGUUCCGCCCGUUCAAGUGGGAGGGGCACGAGGGCUUGCAACGGUUCUUAUGGUAA